AGAGAGAGAGAGAGAGAGAGAGAAAGCAAAGCAACUUGACUCACUGGGGCACUGCGCUGUCUGGGUCAGAUGUGCGAGGAGCAACACAAGGCUCUCCUAAAAGGAAUAAGCAGGGAACAUAGGAGUCAGAUCUGUCCAUGAAGACCUGGAGAUUAAUUUCCCCAACUUAGCCAGCUAGGAGAACAUCUCAUCCCUGCUGGAGUCGAACUGGGUCUGGAAGGGACAUGAGGAGGGACCGGCUGCUGGUGGCCGUCACUUUGGUCACCCUCUUGGCAGCUGACAUCCAUUUUGUCCUGCUUCCCAGACUCAAAAGCUGGUAUCAUCUGCCCAGAGAAAGCUGCGAGUGCAGGGUCACCAAUGGCAGCCUGGACAACAGAGGUGCUACAACCUCAACAUGGAUGAUGACGAGCCAGAAUUUCACACCAGUUUCCACCGAGAGAAGCUCCAAGCUGGAGAGGCUGUUCAGUCAUCCGCUCUACAACAUCCGUCUUCCAGAACUGGGGCCCGACGAACUGCUUCUGCAGCGUGAGGAGCUCAGGAAUUACUACAAGAGGAAAGUGAGCCGCUGGGAGAGACUGAAAAAGUUCUACAUCGAGGCGGCAGCAGCUUCAAACAUCACUAUACCUGAUCAUCCCGUGACCUUUGACCCGGAGGCCAGUUGGCUGCAAUUCCACCUGGGGAUAAAUCGAUAUGGUCUGUACGCGAGAGAUGACAGCAGCGUGGACAGACUCCUGAGGGACAUGCAGACGGCCACCGUCAUCAGUGCAGAUUUCACUCAGGAUGAGAAAGCUUUGAAGGGUGCGUGCGACUGCUCCCAAGUGGUUAAACCAAGCGGUCUUCAUCUGAAAUUGGCCCUGAAACUCCAAGACUUUGGCAAAGCUAUGUUUAAACCAAUGAGACAGGAGCGGCACGAAGAGACGCCGGAGAACUUCUUCUAUUUUGUGGACUUUCAGAGACACAAUGCUGAGAUUGCAGCUUUCCACCUCGACAGAGUGCUGGACUUCCGGAGGGUUCCUCCUGUGGCGGGGCGGUUCGUCAAUGUGACGGGGGAAAUCUUGUACAUAACCCACAACGAGGAACUGCGCAGUGUUUUCUUCAUCUCUCCAGCCAACAACACAUGUUUCUUCGCUAAGUGUUUAUACGUGUGUAAGUCGGAGUACGCAGUGUGUGGUCACCCGGAUCUGCUGGAGGGAUCCAUGUCUGCGUAUCUGCCCGGUUUGAGCAUCGCCCCGCGCAUCUCCAUCCCGAACCCCUGGAUCCGCUCCUACAGCUUCACCGGGAGAGAGGAGUGGGAGGUCAAUCCGUCAUACUGCGACACGGUCAAAAAGCUUUAUCCCUACAACUCUGGGAACAGACUGCUCAACAUCAUUGACAUGGCCGUUUUUGACUUUCUCACAGGAAACAUGGACAGGCAUCACUACGAAAUUUUCACCAAGUUUGGAGAUGAUGGUUUCCUUCUUCACUUGGACAACGCCAGAGGAUUUGGACGGCAUUCCCAUGAUGAGAUGUCCAUUCUGGCACCACUGACCCAAUGUUGCAUGAUCAAGCGCUCUACGCUGUUCAGACUGAAGCUUUUGGCGAAGUCCGAGUACCGUCUGAGUGACGUAAUGAGGGAAUCCCUGUCGCGAGACCCUCUCACGCCGGUCUUGAGUGACGAACACCUGCAGGCCUUGGACCGCCGGCUGGCACAGGUGCUCAGGACAGUGGGGAAGUGUGUGAAGAAGCUGGGAGAAACACAUGUGGUGAUCACAGACUUUGUGGAAUCAUCCGGAGUAACUACAAGACACCGAGGAGGAAAUAAGAGGUGACAGAACGAAAAGAGCUCGGGUUAGAGGAGA